UUAAUGUUCCAGAUCUGAUUGGCGAUGCCGCCUCCUCACUCAUCUCGUUUUGCUUCGUUUCCCGUUUAUUUCACUUCCGAGAGAGUAAAAUAAAGAUAAGAAAGAAACAGGGGGGAAACCCUUGGCUUGUCCCUCCCUCUCUCCCGAGACCUCGCUGGUCCCGAUCGGGCGGCCGGAAUGGCGCAGAAGCUGCAGCAGCAGCUGAGGGACGUGGGGUCGAAGCUCGAGAGCCCUCCCGCUUCCAAAGAUGCUCUGGUUAAGCUCUUAAAGCAAGCUGCAAACUGCCUCUCCGAGAUAGAUCAGUCACCGUUGCCGUCAAUGUUGGAUUCAAUGCGGCCUUGCCUUAAUGCAAUUGCCAAACAAGAAUUGCUGAAACAUCAAGAUAGGGAAGUCAAAGUUCUGGUAGCAACCUGCAUUUGUGAAAUCACCAGAAUAACUGCACCAGAAGCUCCUUACAGUGAUGAUGUUCUAAGGGACAUAUUUCAUUUGAUUGUUAGUACUUUUAGUGGAUUAGGUGAUAUUAACAGUUCAUCAUUUGGAAGGAGAGUUGUUAUCUUAGAGACACUCGCAAGAUACAGGUCAUGUGUUGUGAUGUUGGAUCUUGAAUGUAAUGAUCUCAUAUAUGAAAUGUUCAGUACAUUUUUCUCUGUUGUCAGUGAUGAUCAUCCACAAAAUGUUUUUACAUCAAUGCAAACAAUCAUGGUCCUUAUUCUGGAUGAGAGUGAGGAUAUACAGGAUAAUUUGUUAAGUAUCAUCCUCUCUGCUUUGGGUCGGAAAAGAAAUGAUUCUUCUAUGGCAGCACGGAAGCUUGCGAUGAAUGUUAUAGAACAUUGUGCAGGAAAACUUGAGCCUUGCAUAAUGCAGUUUCUUGUAUCAUCACUAUCAGGCGAUAACAGUUAUUUGAACAAAUCACUUGACCAUCACGAAGUCAUCUAUGAUAUAUAUCAGUGUGCACCCCAGAUUCUCACAGGAAUCACUCCUUAUAUUACAGGAGAGUUGCUGACAGAUAAGUUAGAUGUUCGGCUGAAAGCGGUGCAAUUACUUGGUGACCUGUUUGCUUUACCUGGGGUAUCAAUCUCUGAAUGUUUUCAGCCACUCUUCUCUGAGUUUUUAAAGAGAUUGACUGAUAGGGUAGUGGAAGUCCGUAUUUCUGUAAUUGAACACUUGAAGCAUUGCCUGAUAUCAAAUCCUUCCCGACCUGAAGCUCCUCAGAUCAUCAAGGCACUAAGCGAUCGAUUGUUGGAUUAUGAUGAAAAUGUUCGGAAACAAGUUGUUUCUGCAGUUUAUGAUGUGGCUUGCCAUGCAUUGAAAGUUAUUCCAGCUGAGAUAGCUAGGCUGGUCGCAGAACGCCUUCGAGACAAAUCUCUGUCUGUCAAAAGAUAUACCAUGGAGAGGUUGGCUGAUCUAUACAAACUUAAUUGCGUAAAGAGCCCUGAGAGCUUGAUAGAUAUUGAAGAUUUUGAGUGGAUACCGGGGAAGAUAUUGAGAUGCUUAUAUGACAAAGAUUUUAGAUCGGAGACGAUCGAGCUUAUUUUGUGUGGUUCUUUGUUCCCAUCUGAGUUCUCAAUCAAAGAUAAAGUGAAACAUUGGAUAACAAUUUUCUCAAGGUUUGAUAAAGUUGAGGUCAAGGCCCUUGAACAGGUUCUUUUGCAAAAGCACAGGUUACAGCAAGAAAUGCAGAAGUAUCUCUCUCUUAGACAGGCACAUCAGGUUUGCAAAUAUGUGAUAUUGUCAGUACAUUUACAUAAUUUCAAGAUGCUGUUACAAAUCAGUCUCGCUGAAAAGCAGGAAGAUGCCCCUGACCUCCAAAAGAGAAUUUCUGGCUCCUUCCGUAUCAUGUCUCGCUUGUUCAGUGAUCCUGCAAAGGCCGAGGAGAGUUUUCUGACUCUCAAUCAGCUAAAAGAUGUGAAUAUAUGGAAAAUUCUGAUGAGCCUACUUGAUCCUAGCACUAGUUUCUGUCAAGCAUGGUCAUAUCGGGAUGAAUUGCUUAAGAUCCUUGGAGAAAGACACCCACUUUAUGAUUUUAUGGGAAUGCUUUCAAUAAAAUGUUCAUAUCUAUUAUUCAAUAAGGAGUAUGUUAAGGAGAUUCUUUCAGAAGCUGCUGCACAACAAUCUGUUGGAAAUACGAAGCUCAUGUCAUCAUGCAUGAAUCUACUUACGGUUAUUUCGAGUUUCUCUCCCCUGCUUUUGGCUGGCUGUGAAGAAGAUCUCGUUCGUCUUCUAAAAGAGGAUAAUGAAAUAAUUAAAGAAGGUAUUUCUCAUGUUUUGGCAAGGGCUGGUGGAAUCAUUCGUGAACAGCUGGCGCUGACUUCAAGUUCUGUUGAGCUACUGUUGGAAAGGCUAUGUUUAGAGGGUACACGGAAACAAGCAAAAUAUUCUGUACAGGCCCUCGCAGCAAUAACUAAAGAUGAUGGUCUAAAGUCCCUCUCUGUUCUAUACAAGAGGCUUGUGGAUAUGUUGGAGGAGAAAACACACUUACCAGCGAUAUUGCAAUCCCUGGGAUGUAUAGCACAGACUGCAUUGCCAGUUUUUGAAACCAGAGAGGAUGAAAUUGUAGGGUUCAUAAGGAGUAAAAUCCUCGAAAGUAGUAAUAAGGAUGAUGGAGCUUCUACACAAAAGACUGAAUGCAGUGAAAGGAGUGAACUUUGUUUAUUGAAGAUCUUUGGCAUUAAGACUUUGGUGAAGAGCUACUUGCCUGCCAAAGAUGCUCAUUUACGACCAGGAAUUGAAAAACUAGUGGAGAUCCUUAAAAACAUUCUUUUAUUUGGGGAUAUUUCAAAUAAUAUAGAAUCAAGUGCUGCUGAUAAGGUCCAUUUGAAGCUUGCUUCGGCAAAGGCUGUUCUUCGGUUGUCAAGGCAUUGGGAUCACAAGAUACCUAUUGAUGUUUUUUAUAUGACCUUAAGAAUGCCACAGGAUAUCCAUCCUCAGUCUAGGAAAUUAUUCCUCAAUAAAGUGCAUCAGUAUAUUAAGGAAAGGCUGCUGGAUGCAAAAUAUGCUUGUUCCUUCUUGUUAAAUAUAAACGAUUAUCACACUCCAGAAUAUGAAGAGUGCAAACAAAAUCUACUUGAAGUAGUACAAGUAUGCCAGCAACUUAAGGUACGACAACUUUCUAUGCAAUGCGAGAUGAACAUGCUGGUGGCUUAUCCAGAAUAUAUCCUUGCAUAUUUGGUCCAUGCCCUUGCACAUCAUCCUUCGUGUCCAAAUAUUGAAGAGUGCAUGGAUGUUCAAGCAUUUGAACCCACUUACUGGCGGUUGCAUUUGUUUCUUUCUACGUUGUUGCAUGGAGAUGAAGGUCGACAAUCUGGUGGUGUUUCCAACUGGAAAAAGGAGAGUUUUACUGCAAUUGUUUCUAUUUUGCACAGUAUUAAGAGCUCAGAAGAUGUGGUUGAUGAAGCAAAGUCAAAAACAUCACAUGCUAUAUGUGAUCUUGGUCUUACAAUUGCAAAGAGAUUGGUUCAAGACCAGACAGAUAUUUCAGUAAUCAGUGCAGUUCCCCUCCCACAUACGUUAUACAAGUUUGUCGAGAAAAACAAAGAUGUGAUCUCUGUGGAUGCUGAUGAACAGAGCUGGUUGGGUGGUGAGAGUGCCAUGGCCCAUUUCGAAGCACUUAAAAUUGAAAAUAAAGAAAUGAUUGAUUCAGGUGCUGCCAAGGAUGAUAUGGCCCUAGAGAGGAGUGAUAAAGAUGGUGAUGAAGUGCCUCUAGGAGAGAUGAUGAAAAUUCUUAAAUCUCAGGGACCCAAGAAGAAGAAAACAAUCAAAAAGAACAGUUCACCUUUUGAUAUUAAAAAAAUGGAACAUGAAGUUGAUGUUCUAGGAGUUGUAAGGGAAAUAAAUUUGGAUAAUUUGGAAAGAGCCCAGAACGUGGAAACAGGGACCAAAGAUCCUGAGUAUUUUGGAAGUGGGCAGACGUCAAAAAUAAAUAAUAAUGAAAAACUUACAGUAUCUGGAAAAAGAAAAAGGGACAAAACUACAAUUGAAGUAGUAGUGCCAACUCCUAAACGUAAAAGGUCCAUUUCUGUGCAAAGGUCUCAUUCUGCAAAGGGCCAGAAAGGAAGCAGAGGAAUUCCUUCUUCACAAUCUAUUGAGAUGGAUGAGAAGACACAUAUCUCCUUGGGACAAAAGUUGUUCACCGAUAAAGGCCUGACUGAGUCUACUGAUUCAGACUUGUUAGCCUCUUGCCUGCCCAUGGUUAAAAGCAGCUCAUCCAGAAAUGGAAAGAAAGAUGCUGAUGGUUUGCUUGCUGAGAAACUUGUCAGCAAUGACCAAAAGAAAUCUUCCAGUCCGGUAGAUUCUGAUAAAAAAUCUAGUCAACCCUUACUUGGUUCAAUUAAAAAGCGUAAAGUAAGAAGCAUUGCUGGUUUAGGGAAGUGUUCAUCACAUAGCGAUGAAUUGAGUGAUUCAGAAUUGGUUGGAUCCAGAAUAAAAGUUUGGUGGCCGUUGGAUAAGCAGUUCUAUGAAGGUGUUGUACAAUCUUAUGAUCCAGGAAAGAAAAAACAUGUGAUAUUGUAUGAUGAUGGAGAUGUGGAAGUGCUUCACUUAGCCAAGGAGAAGUGGGAAGUUAUCAGUAAUGGAUGCAUGCCAAAAAAGCGACCAAAAUCCAAACAUGCAUCCCCACAUGAAGAACUGUCACCAGAGAAGACAGGUGACAAAAGCAACCAAGCUGAUUCUAAACAAAAAAAGAACAGCAUGAAGAAAUCUUCAUCUUCUAAAAUCAAAAGAAAAAGUACUCCAAGAAAACGUAAAGUAAAUAACAGAAAAAGAGUAUCAGAAAGUAAUGUUAAUGCAGAUAUGAGCGACAUGGAUAGCAGGGGUGAUUCUGAUUUAUCAAGUGUCCGUCCACCUUCUGGGUCUGAUGUUGAUGAUGCCAACUCAGGCUUGAAGGGAAAGAAGAACAUGCAAUGUUAGAAGUUGGAAAGAAAACUGAAGGGAGCUUCAAAGAGGAUUCAGAAGAGCCGGUGGAAGAAGACAAGCAAGAUUAUUCUGGCUUAGAUGGCACAGGAGAUUCCGAUGAUGAACCUCUUGUAAAUAUUCUUAGCCUUUAAACCCAUUUUCUAUAGUCUAGACCAUGUUCCAUUCAUAAUCUGCAUGCCAGCUCGAUUUUUUCUUUUCUUUUUUUAUCUUGCCAUGUACCAUGUAAUCGAUGCAGAGUGCAUGGAAGCAAGGUGCUGGAAAAGCCACGUAAAAGAUCUAUGCUCAUCAACUAGCUCACUCAGUACAAGAACUUGAUAGCAGAUUGGUUGGGAUAUGGAUCUUGCUAAUUUGUUCUCUGCUCCCCACGCUUUCAGUUUUCAUGUAGGAAAUGUUGUUAGCAUACCACAGGGUAGUAUAAGAUAGCCUUGGAAGAGGGAUAGUGGUUCUAUAAUGUGAAACUGAAGCUUUAGCUUUUGUGAAAAUUUAUGUGCAAUCUGUGCAUUGUUGCAUCGAUUUUUUUCCCCUUCUAGGUAGACAGAUUCUGUCAUUAUCUGCCUCUACUGUCUUUCGCAUAGCUAACCGCUGAUUGAACUCUGGCAAUUGAGUGGGCCAUGAUAGAUCCAUUUGACUUGCAUCCUCUAUUCACAAGCCAUGAAUGUAAUAAUUGGAGCACCUUUAGUGCAUCUCAUUGGGGGCACCUCAUUCUCUGAGUUUGCAUGUAAUAAUUGGAUACGGGUUGUAGUUCUGUAAUGAUGCUUCAGUGGGCACACAAAUCUCCCACUGGAAGGAAAUUGGAGUGUGUUGUAAAGUUGGAGAUGCCAUAAAGAUCCUUGUCCUGAUUUUACCACUAGCUAAUCAACUUAACAAACUAGUACCAAACAGCAGAUCUUUUAAGGCACUUUGAUGGUGGUACCUGUGCCCAGGUAUGAAGUUUGUGCAGAUGAAUAGGCCGCAGAGAUUGAAUGGCGCUCUUUCUUCAGCUUGCUGCAUUGACAUUUUAUGGGUGUUUCCUUUUGUGCUGCAACAAUAGCAACCAUGGAGGUUCAUUACCUCCAUAACGACCUGUAUACUGGGUAUGAGAUUUUAAGGCUGUGAGGGGUAACUUUUUGUCUGUUGAAUUUAUUAUGAUCUGUUUGAUAUUUCGAUUGCUGCCGGUUGGGCAUUUGUGU